GCGUCAAUUAAAUUUAUAUGCUGUUCCACAAUGGUUUAUUGCGCAUGAGUUAAUUUGUGCGAGUGAUUCGGAGUUGAAAUCUCCCCAUGAAUCCCGGGUGGACAAUAGUAGAAUAUGUUAAUUGGUUCAAUAAACAUUCCGAAUUGGAAAGAUGGCAAUUUCUUAAAGGUUUAUUAGAUGUUUAUAAACAAUCUGUGGUUGCUAGAGGAGGGACUGAAUUUGUUAAACAAUUUCCAAUUUUAAAUUUAUUAAUUAAUAAUAAUGUGAGUGGGACAAAAGCAUAA